AUGUCAUCGCGACGUCAGUAUUCUAGUUGCGAUCCAUGUCGCCGAUUAAAGCGAAAAUGUGUUUAUGAGGGAGCCACUCGUCGACCCGGAGCAGCUUGUCUCCGCUGCAACGAGCUGGGAUACAAUUGCACCUUCGACUAUGUCUCCACACGUGUGGAGCAGAAAAAGAGGAAGAGAUAUGCCGUUUCUUCGGAGUCUCAACAAGAAAAAAGUCAAUCGACGGGAUUAACAUCCAGCGAGGACCUUGUUAUGGUAGAUUGGGAUGCGCCUCUUCAGCCUCGCGACGGAGAUGUUUCCCUUGGGUAUGAUGUUAUUAACGACAAUAUAGUCACUGAUUUUCUCGACCUGGACAGUCUCGAGAAAGAAUGGCAAGACCCUGCAACGGUUAACUCUGUUCAACCACUAAUCUCGGACACAAAUAACAUCAGUAAUGACUCUGCGUUACAAAUCAAUAUUCACUCGCGAAUAUCUGUUACUGGAAACCAGCUUGAAGGAGCACAAUUUUUCGGUUCUUGGAAAGGAAGUCCAAUGCAAUUGCUCAACACCACUUUCACAGCAAAGUCACUCGGAACAUGUCUCUAUCAAACUUAUGCCACUGUGAUGCAUGGGAUGGAAUCUAGAUAUCUAGAUUACGAAUGUAACCCUUUUGGCCCAAGUCAUAGAUACUCGUUCCAAAUUGAGGAUUUACAUUCAGUAAUAGAAGAUGGGCAUUGUUCAUUGUCAGACUGUUCUAUCAUGAGUGUGAUCCGACGCUCGCCAUCUCCGGACCAUCUCAAUCAAGGAGGGUGGCCAGAAAGCAUACCUAUUGGCGAUUCGAUUAAGAUCACAUUUGUUGGAAUCGCCAAAUUCUUAGAUCACUUUGGCCACUUUUAUGGAAACAGAUUGGAUCGACAAAGCAGAGCGGAAGCCGAACGCAUGCUAAUAGCGGCUCAACAAGUCUUUGCCCUCCAAUGGGCAGUAUCAAGCCCGCACGGACAAGACAAACCAUUCUCACCAACUCAAAAAUCAACAAACUCAUCUGCAGAGGAUCUUCAUGUAUUUGCCAAAUCAUGGUUCAAAGCACGGUCUCUCAUUUCGAAUGCAACACCUAUCCCCUCCUUCACACGGGUGUAUGCGAUGCUCCUAUUCCAUAUGACCGUUGCUCCAGAAGAGGCUAAAGAUGUUUCAGUGGAACUGGACGAUAUCCUCGAUCAAUCUCUCCGUCAAUUUGAAAAUCUGAAACUCAUGGUGGACGAGUAUGUAAAGCUGUUGAACAGCACCUCAACUUAUCGAAAUCUGCUCCAGUCCUCUGUCAAAGCCUUUCAAUGGUUCGCAUACAUUAAGGACACAUUUGUCGCCUUACUUACAGACCGGGAUUGUAUACUUACCGAAAACCCUUCCGAGUUGCUGGUGACUGGUUUCCGAAGUACUCCUCAACCAGUAGACAAUUUCGUUGAUGCAGAAGUACCAUUACUCUGCCAGAGAGCCGUUCUUCUUAUUUACCGAUUAUUAAGGCAAACGGCGAACGUGAAGCAGGUUGUACGUGAAUCUGAAACUAUUGAAGAGCCAUCCGAACUAAGCAAUGCUUUAAGCCUUGCGAUAAGUUUCGUCGAGGCCUUUAAUGUCGUAUAUGAUGGGUUCCGUAACAAAUGCAUGACAGCAUUUGAAACCCUUUCUCCAACCUCCAAAUUGUCUUUUGGCUAUCUGGCUCUCUUUUGGAGUCUUGGAACCCUGACUUUAGCCGAACAAAUCGAGCGAGCGAGCAAUAGUCCAUUACGCCAAGGAAGCCACUUCCUUGCCGAUGCAGGAAUUAAAGCAAAAGACGCCUGUGGCGACUCAGGGGUCAAGUUACCAUUUAUUUUACACCACGCGAGCCUUGCCCCCAUUGUAGCCGUUUUGAGUCAGAGUAUUGAUCACAUCAUUCAACGUAUUAUUGACAGUGAGACUCCAAUCGAUCGGCAAAAUUGGAUGUUAUCUAUCAAACCUGUUUUGACUUGUCUGUUCGAUAUGAGAUCCACUGUGGCAGGUACCCGAUUCGUUCAGUCCCCCCUGAACAGAUUGAUGGCUUCUCAUGGCGAUCUCCUGAUGGAGUGUUGGACUGUUGAUGAUCCUGAUAAUGUGUUUGAUUGA